AUGGCGAUGAAUUUUGUGACCUUCAACCAGGACUACAGCUAUUUGGCUGUCGCCACCUCCAAAGGUUUCCGCAUAUUUACGACCGAUCCGUUCGCCAAGAGCUAUGAAACGAAAGAAGGGAAUAUCGCCGUGAUUGAGAUGCUCUUUUCCACCUCUCUAGUCGCUCUCAUCCUUUCCCCGAGACGAUUACAGAUCACGAACACCAAGCGUCAAAGCACGAUAUGUGAAUUAACAUUUCCGACCACGGUCCUUUCCGUGAAGUUGAAUCGGAAACGCCUGGUCAUCGUGCUCGAAGAUCAAAUCUACCUUUAUGACAUUCAGACAAUGGGGCUAUUGUCCACGAUUGAUACCUCGCCAAACCCGCAUGCUAUCUGUGCUUUGGCGCCAUCGUCGGACAAUUGUUACAUGGCAUACCCUCUGCCCCAAAAGGCCCCUGCCACCGUCAAACAACCUGCGCAUGCGCCCCCGGGCACAUCACACGUUUCACCUACGACUGGCGACGUCCUGAUAUUCGAUGCGGUAAAGCUAGAAGCUAUCAACGUUAUCGAAGCGCAUCGUUCUCCUCUGGCCUGUAUCACACUCAACAGUGAUGGCACGUUACUCGCAACUGCCUCGGACAAAGGCACCAUCAUUCGUGUUUUCUCUGUCCCAGAUGGUCACAAACUAUACCAAUUCCGACGUGGAUCCAUGCCUUCCCGGAUCUACAGCAUGUCUUUCAACACCACAUCCACCCUUCUCUGCGUCUCCUCAUCCACUGAGACCAUCCAUCUGUUCAAGCUGACCCAGCAAGGCCCUUCCUCAGAUGCAUCGUCUGCCCACUCUCCAGUGGGGCGCGACUCCCACUCCGGGGCCGGCCCUUUUGGACAGCAGGACGAUGAUGAGUUUGGUGGCGAGAGCAAUUCAGAGUUGGCAGCUAGGAAGCACAACGGCACGUUGAUGGGCAUAAUUCGUCGGACAUCUCAAAAUGUUGGUGGAGCAGUUGCAGCGAGGGUGGGUGGAUAUCUUCCCAAGGGAGUCAGUGAGAUGUGGGAACCCACACGUGACUUUGCGUGGUUCAAGCUGCCUCGGUCAAAUCAGAGCGCAGGUGGAAACGGCAACACCGGUCCGCUGAGGAGUGUUGUUGCUAUGAGUAGCAAUACUCCUCAGGUGAUGGUAGUCACCAGUGAUGGAAACUUUUACGUUUUCAAUAUCGAUUUGUCUAAAGGUGGAGAGGGGACUCUCACCAAGCAAUACUCAGUCAUCGAUUCCAAUGACAGGCUCGGAUACCCUGCGGUGGACUACUGA